AUGGUUGCCGAAGUGAUCGACUACCGCCUCUCUAGACUCGUUGUUCUUUGCAAGGAUUGUGGACAGGAUGUUGGUCUCUACCCAGCAAGACACAAAUGUGGCACUUCGUCUUCAGAUGCAACGGAGAAACCGCCGAUACCAAAAAAGAAGUUAGCCGGUUCGUCGUCAUCGUCUGGUGGAGGAACUACAAAUGGUUGGGCAAAGUUGAAAGCUGCAAAGAACGAAGGCAAGUUAUCCGAAAAUAAUACGCAGAACUCUGUUAAUGCUGAUGCGAGAUCAACAGAUGAUUCUAACAAUGACGGAUUAUGGAACAAAUUGAGAGGUGUCCGUAAUUGGAAAGAUGUCAGUGAAGGUGCUAAUCCUUCCCAAGGAACCCAAGGAGCGAAGCUCUGGGAUAAACUUUUGAAUGCUACGUCUACACUUAAAUCUAAUAUGACCGCAGAUUCAGACAAUGAAUCCGAAAAAGAAGGAUGGGAAGGUGAAACUCAUAUCUCACGAAUUCUUCGUGAGUAUCACGAAAAGAAAUCAAGUGAACUUCCUGAUUGGUUAUAUAGUGAAGAAUACUCUCGACCGAAAAAGCGGGGUGAACUUUUGUCUGGAAAAAGUUCCGAUAAAACUACAUCACCGCUUCCUUCGCAAAGAGGCUCAAUCGAGAAAAAUGAAGAGCAACCGUCUUAUCCAAAGAAAUCGUUUAAAGAUAUUUACGCAUUGUGGGAAUCUGAAUCAACCACAGCAACGACGACGACGAUAUCGUCAUCUUCGGCAAAACCUAUUACACUGCCGAAUCGUAUGGGAUAUCAAUCGAAUGGAAAUACAUCUUCUUUACCGAACAGUUAUGAUUCCGGACGUUAUGUGGAGCGAAGUAAUACCAAACAAUAUCAUGGCAAUACUUCAUCAUCAUCAUUUCUACAGGCCCAACCACAUUCAAGCUCUAGAUCAUCACAAAUAGACCAGUAUUCCCAGCAUCGAACAAACGCAACAACAGGGCAAUGUUAUGAUGAUAUGCCUAACAGAGCGAGAAGUCUUAGUCCAAAUCCUUCUUCCCGUGGACAUCCUCAGAAUCAUUACGAUAAUGAUGGUUAUGGAGUGUACUCUGGAGUUAAUGAUGGUGCUGCAUCGCGAAGUAGAGGAAGAUCAUCUAAUAGACAAGGCGGCUAUUACGGAUGA